AUGGCGCUACUUCAGUAUCGCGCUCCCGUCAAGUAUGCAGUUCAACAAGAGAUUUUCAAGGACUUCCUUCAGACUUUUAAGAGCUUCGAAUCGGCCUCAGAGAAUGCUGCUACUGAGGCAAUUGAAGGCCUUCAUAUUGAUGGCGACAACACAAGCGACGAGUACGAUUUCAUGGACGAUGUUGAUGGUCAACAAAUGAGAACCGCGCGAUCAAAAAAGCCGAAAUUGAAGUACAUGCAGAUGUUGCAAGAGGUUGCAGACCGAACAAGGUCCAAUAUUCUUAUAGAAUUAGAUGAUCUAGAGACAGUAGGAAGCACUUUGGGCAACUACAUCAAAUCCCUGCCAGAUGGUCCUGAUUCAAACAUUCUGGAAAACAUCGAAGGUAAUGCAAAACGAUACAUUGAUGUAUUCUCCAAUGCGGUCGACCAAGUAAUGCCCAAAGAGACAAAGGAAGUUUCAUUUAAAGAUGAUGUCCUUGAUAUAAUUAUGUCUCAGCGCGAGCGAAGAAACGAAACAAUGACCCUGGCUGCUGAAGCAGAUCCUGAAUCUGAACCAGGCCUACCACCCUCAAUUUUUCCUCCAGAACUGACCCGCCGCUAUACUUUAAAUUUCAAGCCAUUGACCACCUCGGGUUCUAGCACCGAUCGAAGCAAGGCAAUAGCUGUUCGAAAUGUUCGCGGCGAACACCUUGGCCACCUUAUUACAGUGCGGGGCAUCACCACCAGGGUUUCGGAUGUCAAGCCUGCUGUUAAGAUAAAUGCCUACUCUUGCGAUCGUUGCGGAUCUGAAGUCUUCCAACCUGUUGUCUCAAAGCAAUUCUCUCCACUUUUCGAGUGUCCAUCUGCCGAAUGCCUGCAGAAUAACACCAAGGGACAACUGUUUCUUUCUACCAGAGCCUCAAAGUUUAUUCCAUUCCAAGAGGUUAAAAUUCAGGAGAUGGCAGAUCAAGUCCCCAUUGGCCACAUUCCACGCACUCUAACGGUUCAUUGCCAUGGAAGCCUUGUACGACAGGUUAAUCCUGGUGAUGUAGUUGAUAUUGCUGGGAUCUUCCUCCCAAUACCUUACACUGGAUUCAGAGCGAUCAAAGCAGGCCUUCUUACAGAUACGUAUCUAGAAGCACAGCACAUAACCCAACAUAAAAAGGCCUAUGAGAAUCUAGUCAUGGACUCGCGAACUCUCCAGAAGAUAACUCAACAUCAAAGCUCAGGAAACAUGUACGAAUACCUAUCACGUUCCAUUGCCCCUGAAAUCUAUGGCCAUCUUGACGUUAAGAAGGCGUUGCUCCUACUUUUGAUUGGAGGAGUCACCAAAGAAAUGGGAGAUGGAAUGCGUAUUCGUGGUGAUAUUAAUAUCUGUCUUAUGGGUGAUCCUGGCGUUGCCAAAUCUCAGUUAUUGAAGUACAUCACUAAAGUUGCUCCCCGUGGUGUUUAUACUACUGGACGCGGAAGCACCGGUGUCGGCCUUACUGCAGCGGUGAUGCGUGAUCCCGUUACAGAUGAGAUGGUGCUAGAGGGGGGUGCUUUGGUGUUGGCGGACAAUGGAAUAUGUUGUAUUGACGAAUUCGAUAAAAUGGACGAUGGGGACCGAACUGCAAUUCAUGAGGUCAUGGAACAACAAACAAUAUCCAUUUCCAAAGCUGGCAUUUCAACCACACUCAAUGCUCGCACAUCGAUUCUAGCAGCAGCCAAUCCCCUCUACGGCCGAUAUAACCCGCGCAUAUCACCGGUUGAGAACAUUAACCUCCCGGCUGCCCUGCUCUCCCGAUUUGAUGUCCUGUUCUUAAUGUUGGAUACGCCUUCUCGCGAUGCUGAUGAAGAGCUUGCUAAUCACGUCGCAUACGUCCAUAUGCACAAUAAGCAUCCUGAGACGGACGAAAAUAACGUAGUUUUCUCACCCCACGAAAUCCGACAAUAUAUUGCUAAAGCUCGUACCUACCGACCCAACGUCCCCAAACGAGUAUCCGAUUAUAUGGUUGGCUCCUACGUUCGGCUGCGCCAAGAACAAAAGCGCAACGAGGCCAGCAAGAAGCAAUUCUCACACACAUCUCCACGUACCCUUCUAGGUAUACUCCGUCUAUCACAAGCUCUCGCCCGUCUUCGCUUCAGCGAGGAAGUGAUUACCGAAGACGUGGAUGAAGCUCUACGACUAACCGCAGUGAGCAAGGCGAGCUUAUACCACGAUUCCCAGGGUGAUGGUGAUCAGAGCCCUAUGAGCAAGAUAUACAACCUCAUCCGGGGUAUGCGAGAGAGUGGUGCUGCGGCCGUGGAAGAUGGGAACGAAGGGGAGUUAAGCAUGCGGAGAGUGAGAGAACGUGUCCUAGCGAAAGGCUUCACGGAUGAUCAGCUCAGCCAGACUAUUGACGAAUACACGAGCCUAAACGUUUGGCAAGUUAUCGGCAAUGGGACUCGCCUUGUUUUCGUUGAGAUCGAAGAUGACGAGCUUAUGAACCUUAUAUGA